UGGACAAGCUGUUCAUGUUUUGUAUUGUUCUUCUCCUGGGCGUCAUUUUUAAAAGCGUGUCAACGGUCGUUGCUCAGGCAGUGACAGACGCCCAACAAAGAGGAGAUGGAUCUGCUGGAUUUUUCUGAGGCGGAAAUUGAGGAGCAACUCUCUGCCCUGGGUUACAACAACAUACCAAAGCAACGACUACAAGAAUUCAAAAAAGACCUUGAUGCACUUAUCAGACAAGAGAGGUCCAAGAGCCAGUCCCCAAGUGACUGGAGCUCCACAAGGUCUCGCGGAGACGAUAGCAGAAGCCCGCCAGCCUUUACGAAGGAAAAAGUGCAAUUAAAUGCUCCAGAACUCAAUAAUGUUUUCACUCAGCCUCCCCCAGAAAGACGUCAGAGACAGAUACUAACAUCUACAUUCACUGAGGGCCAGCACAGUUUUGACAUGCCAUCAAGGGGACAUGUGGAUUCGUACGCGCAGUACAGCGUGAUGCCAAAGUACACCCGGCCAGCCACUGCUCCCUGUACACGGCAGAUGCCUCCAGCGGAGCUGGAGCUGGAGCCGGAGCCAGAGCCUUCCCAGAGUUCCAACACCUUCUCAGAUACCAGCCCAGAGCGAGACACCGACACCAGGCCACGCGGGAAACCCUCCAUCAAGAGAAAAGUUCUCAGAAAACACAGGGGCGAGCCACGUGUCUUCGAUGAAUCCACCCACAGUGAAGAUUCAGGUGCCGUGAGUGGUCUUGAGGAGUGUCUGGACAGGCUGCAGAUGUCGGACAUGCAUCGGCGGCAUCGAGGGAUGCAGCUGGAGAGUGAAGAGAUGGAGAGCCUGAGCUCUGACGGGGAGCUACCCAGUGCCUACCGCCACUACUUCAAGGGCAUGGUAAGAUCGCACAGUGAAAAUGACAUCCGACCUCGUCCCAAAUCAGUCAUCAUACCGAUGGAUCAUCCUCACACUAGGAACCUGAAGAAAACAGACCCUGUCUCCAAGUACUUCCAGUAUAAGGAAGAGUGGGAUGCGUUUAAAGCACCCGGAGAAAAGGACCACAGAGCACUACGCCUGGAGAUAAGGGAACAGCUUGCGUACCAACCUCUUCCUCUGCGACCAAGGAAAGCACUCAUCCCCAACACAUACGUAGUUCCAACUGACAAGAGGAGAGAUGCACUACGCUGGGAGAUUCGCCACGACUUAGCCCAUGGAAUCAUUCCUACCAAAAUGGCCUUUCGCUAACCCAAUACCUCAAAGCCAUUUAUUUCUGUCUGCAUUGAAAGCCUUGGUUUUUAAAAUCUGCUCCCAGUGUCAAUGUCUUUUUUUCCCCUCAAAUGUACUGUAUUUAUUUGUGAACUGUUUUGUGUGUUUUUAAAUGAGAUCCCUUGAAUCACGUGGUUUUUACGAAAUAAAAAAUUUUUUAUUAAUUAA